CCCACGUCAUGCAAGUCGUACAUAUAGGGGGCAGAGAACACACGGCAUUUGUUACUUGAUUAACCACAUCUACCUACAACACUCCAAGUUCGUGUCAAGAGAUGGCAGUCAAGACGAUUAAGUUGGGCGGAUCGGCGUCCAAUGUCGAGGUUGCAAAGGUCGCGCAUGGCCUGAUGCUCAUGACAUGGAAACCUACACCCGUCCCCGACGAACAAUGCUUCGAGGCCAUCAUCGCGGGCAUCGACCAGCUCCCGCCCGGUGCAAAGAUGUUCAUCAACAGCGGUGAAUUCUACGGCCACAACCUCUCCACCGCCAACCUCGAACUGCUCUCGCGAUUCUUCGCCAAAUACCCAGAGUAUGCCGACAAGGUCUUUCUCUCUGUCAAGGGCGGCAUGAAGGCGCAUACGCUUGUGCCCGACGCGUCGCCGGAGAACCUGAGGCGCAGUGUCGACUACAUCAUCGAGAAGCUCGGACCGAAUAAGAAGGUGGAUCUAUUCCAGUGCGCGCGCGUAGCCUCGGAGCCGCCGGUGGAGGACGUGAUGAAGACACUGUUGGAGCUCGUGAAAGAGGGCAAAUUCGAUCACAUCGGUUUAAGCGAGUGCAGCGCGGAGACGGUCAAGAGGGCGAAUUCGGUUGCGCCGGUGGCCGUCGUCGAGAUCGAAAUCAGCCCGUGGUCGUACGAGGAGGAGACGAGGAAAGUGAUUUCGACGUGCAAGGAGCUUGGGAUCGCCAUUGCUGCCUAUUCGCCCCUUGGACACGGCUUCUUGACGGGGAAACUCAACCCCAAGGACCUCGAAGAGGGCGAUAUCCGCGGCCAUGGAAUUCGCACGAAAGAAGAGAACUGGAAGCAUAAUGUCAAAGUGGUCGAGACGCUCUCCUCCAUAGCGUCGAAGAAGGGCGUUACGCCCGCUCAGCUUUGCAUCGCCUGGGUGGGUGUGCUUGGCCCGCACAUCAUGCCCCUUCCGGGUUCCUCGAGCCCGGCUCGCAAGCUCGAGAAUCUCGCGGGUGGAGAUAUAGAAUUAAGCGAGGCGGAAGUGAAGGAGAUAGCGGAUGUGGUACAGAGGGUAGGAGUCCAGGGCACCAGAGGUGCCGAUGUGCCCGAUAUUCGUGCCCUUCGUAUGUGGGGUUAAUCCGCAUGUAUUGGAAUCUGUAGCUGGCGAAC